GCUGCUAACAUUAGUUUUGUUUAGUCGGUAGUAAUUGCGUCGGGCGAAGCGGCCUCCAUUAUGUUUGUAAGGAGAGCAGUGUAACCGGGACGUGAGAGCUGCACCUAGAAACAUACACUGCGCCUAGCCUUCAGUAAUGCUAUGGUUACAGGGGGAAUAACAAUAACAAGCAAGUAGCCUAUGCCACCUAUAUUUCCUAGGAAGCUCCCUUCUUCCUGUCUCACUUUGCAAAAUAAUGAGACGGCCACCCAUAUCCAGGAGGAGACAUGAAAUUAUAUCAUCAGAGCUACGUGUUAUGGUGGGGACCUGUAGAUUUGCAAAGUAUCUGCUGUACAUUUCAGAGGAAGACACCAUGUCUUGGGCUGAUAAUGUUUACCCAUGGGAGCACUUGCACUGUCUAGAAGGAAUGUCUAUCUACAAUAACCAGACUUGUGGUGCCUCAUCUGCCUCAGUCUUCAAACAAGAGUACCUGUUUAAUGCAUAACAUUUGCCAUGGAAAGUGUGCAGAGUGCCCAAGAAAAAUCAAGUUUGUCUGCUUGUGACGACCACAAAAUCAUCCCUAUUGAUGGUGAUUCAGGGAAGGUGGAAACCUCCUGUGGAGAGACUGCUGUGUGUCUUGGUCUCCAAACUGCUGGAAAGCCAAAGAAGGCUCAUUUCAAAUUUUUUGGUGGAAAGAAGAGCAUUUGCACCCUUCCCAGUUUUUUUGGGGGAAAGCACAAAGGGCUGGGCAAAGGAAACCUUAGAAAAGGAUUGAGCAAAAGUAAAACCCACGAUUCCAUCAGUGAUGUGCAGAUUAAAGAUAGUUCCAGCAUUAAGUUACAUGUACUGGAGUUGACGAGUGUAAGAACCUGUCUCACCAGCUCUCAUAGUACAACAACGGCUUCAGCUCAGUUUGACUUAAGCUUUCAUGAUACAUCUCCCCAUGGCAGCACUGACUGUUUUGACAAAAAAAUAAAUGGGGAUAAGUCUCUUUCAUUGCCUAGACCAAAGAAGGGCCUGAAGGGAUUGUUUCGCAGCAUUCGUCGCCACAAAAAAAACAAAAUUCCUGAUGUAGAAAAAUCUGAACUUUGUUUUCAUGCUGCACCUUGUGUAGAACAAGUAAAUAAACCAGAACCAGAGAAGAUUCAAGAAGAAGGCAAUAAACAAACUAAAACAGAAUGUAUUAUUGCUGAAGUAUCGCAAGAGCUCUCCCUGAGUACAUCUGUGGGCAUGGAAGAGACAGAGUCUGUAGUAUGUUUGUCAGAUGUUAGUCCAAUAACCUCUGUUGAACAUCCUUUGGAACCUGAUAACCUAAGUUCUCUUAACAAAGGCCAUUCCUUAGACACCCAGCUUGAUUCAGCGGCUAUUUGUUCUAAUGAUGAUGGAAUAUUUGCUGAGAUUGUAAAUCCAGAUGGCAUAGACAAAGUUCCUCUGUCUUCUGGUGACCAGAUCAGCCUUAUAUUUGAAGAUGUCUCUUCACUCAAGAGUUUUGACUCAUUAACAGGCUGUGGAGAUAUAAUUGCUAAUCAGGACAUUGACACUAUUAAUGCUAAUGCCAUAUCAUUGGAGCAAACCAGGGAAACAACUAAGAGAAGCUCCUGUCUUGUUACAUACCAAGGAGGAGGCGAAGAAAUGGCAACCCCUGAUAACAUGGAAGAGGAAUAUCUCCAACAACUGUUGGAGGAUGCCAAUGAAGCUGAAGGAAGCUAUGAACUAAAUAAUGAAAAGGAAGCAACCAACGUGCAAACAGCAUUCAGUCAGGUGGAAACUGCUGCCUACCCUCUGUGUGCACAUGAUCCCUGUAUUGAUAGAGCUGUAUUAAACAACACAGAGUUACUGACUCCUCAGAGCGAUCAGCAAGAUUCUGCUCCGAAUAGUGAUGAAGGGUACUAUGACGCCAACACGCCUGGUCCUGAAGAUGAUUCUGGAGAUGCCUUUAAAUACAAAGAACGUCUUCCUAGAGACAGCUAUAGUGGAGAUGCACUCUAUGAAUUCUAUGAGCCUGAUGACAGCCUUAUGAGCCCUGCACCUGGAGGAGAGUCCCUAUAUGAGACGAAAAUGCCAUGCUCUGAAAUUUUCGAGCAGUUUUUUUACUUCAGUUUUGCCAGUAACUGUGAUUUAAUUCAAGAUCGUGCACAUAAGAAAUGUACAACUGAAACAGAAGAAGAACGACUAGCUGUUAUUCAGAAGCAACUUCUCUUCUGGGAAAGGCAAAGAGAGACUGCUUUGAAAGGGAUGGGGCAAAUAAGCAAAGGUAUUUUUUCCAAAGAGGAGCAAAAUGUGGAAUGUAAGAAUACAGCAUAUAUAUUGGGCCAUAAUAAGGACUGUCAUCCUAAUGACUAUAAUUUGCUACAAAAUCUGAGCAAUGGGGGAGCUAACAGAGUAGCUCAAAAUACACUAACUGAAAAACAAAGUUGGAAUAACUUUCGGGACAAGUCUUUUAGAGACACUUACUACAAGGAAAGUUAUAUCCAGCAGUUAGAUGAAGAUAAUAGCCUUAUGAACGAUCCACGUUUUGCAUUGAAUGUACUUAGCCUUGGAACUCAAGACCUAAGUGAUAACAGAAACAUAAACAUUGGUGUUUUUCCCAGCUCUAGGAUUACCCCUGGGCAUCAUAGACAAAAUGUGUUUGGCCCUGAUCUAGACUGCCACAAGGAAAAUGAAUGCGAGCAGGCUGUUAACUUUUCUCAAACCUUUGCUGAGUUUACAAGUAACACUACACUGUUUUCAAGUAUUUCUGAUUGUUUAGUUAGUGCUGCAUCUAACAGCACAUUCCAUCAUGAUUUAAAUGCUCUACCCACCAUGGUUACAUUUGAUGUUGUUGACGUUGAAAAUGAAGCUGAAUGUGAACAUCAAGUUGAGCUUAUCCCAGAUGAGGUGGGGAUUUCAUCAUUCGAGACCUUUGACCAUUGCUAUGUGCAGGAGUCUUUAGCUGACUGUGAAGACCUUCCAAACCUACUUCAGAGCUAUAAAUUAGGUGUCGCCAGUUUUCCUCGGCACUUUCGCCACAACAAACUUUAUUCAUCUAUGCCUGCACCACUGUCCUCCAACAGAAGAAGCAGGUCUCUAGACACAGAAAAUUUAGAGAUUGAACUUGGUGCUAUGCAUUUAUCUAAAAGUGGGCUAAGAUCUUAUGAUUUCCUUGACCCCUGGGAGGAUGGAAAAAAUUCUUGGCGUUAUGAGAAAGAAUGCUUCAGUGCCCAUGGGACAGAAUUGGGUGGCUGCAGUUUCUUGGAGCAAAGUAGUCAAACACCUUGGCAGUUCAGUCAGUACUCUCCCACUUUAUCUUCAAACCAUGGUUAUGGUAGAGCUACUGAAGCAAUAAUCCCAAGCAAACAGCUCCCGUUCAACAACAGACAGAUGGCAAAGGCAACUGAACCGCAUUUGCAGUUUAACACAAGGCAGUCCCAAGAAGUCUCCACCAUUUGUGGCUAUCCUGCAGAACAAACUACCAAAGAUCUUGCUCUUGUGUUACCUCUUGAAGACAAGCGGGGCGUGGAUAUUCAUCAGAUCUCUUAUAAAUCUCAUACAUCUGGUAAACCAGUUGGCAUUACACAGGCAAUGCCUCAGCAGAAGAAAAAUGAAGACGAUUGGCUAAAACCACCAGCAGAUAACAAGGAACACUUUCUAAGGAGACCAGUAGAAAGGGAGGUUUCUGCGAAUGACAUAUGGACUAAUAACUACACUGAAUGUAUGGGGAAGCUAGUUCAAAGCUAAGUUUAUGCCUUUGUGUUGUCUAGCAUCAGAAUUUGCUCAAAAACCAUAAGUAUCUUUGGGUCCGGACAAUUUACACUUGUUCAGCUUUGUUUAAAAAAGGGCAGGCUAACUUAUUUUUCUUCAUGGAAUUGGUAUAUUGCAGUUUCUGACUGCAUUUUAGUGCCGAUUUGUCUAAUUUCUACAAUUGUCAGGGAACGAAAUAGAUUUCUACUUUGAUUGUAUUGAAUAAGCAUUCUCAGUUGUGGGAGUAAAAUGUAUUAUUGAAUGUGACAUACACCCGAGAUGACACUUUAUUAUGUGCUUUUGUAAUAUUUGUAAUGCAGAGAUUUUUUACGUUCAUUUGUGGCCAGUACUUAUUGCUGUUUAAUUCCAGGCGCACAUUUAACUUUUUUUUUUAUUAACUCGUUUGGACAAAGAAUUACCCUACUGCUUGCAAGAAAGUUGUUGUGUACUUUUCUAGAAGCCACCAUUUCAAAAUAGGAAGCUUUCUCCGCAUAUAAACACUACCAUAAUUUAAUCAGGGUAAAUGUUACAUGAUAUUCUUUAGUCCAUUGCACACCCUAAGCUCUAAAGAAAAUAUAUACGUAUUCCAUAUGGAUGUGCAUAAAGUGAAAUGGAAUGUAUUCUAUGCAUUACUCUGCUAUGGGAUGUAUGCCCUGUUCUGUUAAUUAGGUGUAUUUGCUAACUACCAUCAGUGUUUUAAAAUAUUUAAUAACCAUGUUCUGAAAAUAUUUAAAGUUUAUGGCUAUUUCUGCUUUUCUCCAUAAUGUCAUGUAGUCAGAAUGUUCUCUGCUGAUGCACUUGAGCAUUGUCAAGUUAUAGUUAUUGGCUCACACAAUAUUGAUGAUUCUCCUCACCUACAAAAGGAUGCUGUCCGUGACCAUUUAAGCUUUUCCUUCACUUCUACUCAAAAAAGCUUCAGCCACAGAAGCCAUUAGCCUUGCUCCUACAUAUGCAGGGAAGCUUUUUUUAACAUAUGCAGGGAAGCUUUCUUACGUAUGCAGGGAAGCUUGUUGAUGUCUCUUUCAUUCAUCCAGGUCAUGAUAUGCAGUAUCUAAUAGAAUUCUAAAGCCACUCAUCAUUAGAACAGAAGUCGCUCCAAUUUCUCUUGAUAUAUUUCUCUUAAACUCAAAAGCCUGGUUGCUUUAAGCUUGUUGAUAUUGCUGUGCAGCAGUACACAAACUAUAAACUACUGCCCAUGCAUAACUUAGAAUUAAAUCCUGACCAUUGCUUUUUGCAACUCUGUGUUACACUUACAUUUAGGCUAAGCCAUUCCGGUGGUUAUCGUUGUAUGUACAAUGUAUUGUGACAAUUUAUGUUUGAAAAGUGUACUGCCAGCAUGGAAUAUAGCAGUCCAAGGCAGUUUCAGUGGAAAAAAAUGCUAUGCAUGUAAACAAAACUGUUGUUUUAAUGAAUCAGGACCACCAUUCUCUUCCAUUUGUAAACUGUAAUAAGGGUUUAACUAGCAAACUCUUAUCUGAGAAAACAGCAUCUUAUUAAGGAGUACAUAAUUCAAUAGUGAGAACUGUUAGCAAUCCAUGUAUUAAGGGGCAGAUUUAUCAAGGGUCGAAUUUCGAAGUGAAAAAAAAAGUCGAAACUCGACCAUCGAAUAGGCUAGUCUGACAAUGGAAGUCGAAGGAUUUUUAAAAUUGUACGAUCGUACUUCGAAUCGAACGAUUCAUAUGAUUUUACAAAAAAAUCCUUUGACUUCUCAAAACGUAACCAAAUACUGGCUAUAGGUUCUAGGAGGUCCCCAUAGGCUAACAUAGCAAUUUGUCUGGUUUAAGUGGCAAAGUGUCCAAGUUUUUUAAAGAGACAGUACUUCGAUUAUCGAAUAGUUGAACAGUCGAAGCAUUUUCACUUUGAAUCAAAGUCAAAUUUGGCCUAUUCGAUGGUCGAAGUGCCCAAAAAUUACUUCGAAAUUCAAAGUUUUUGAAUUUGAAUAUUCACUUCUAAUUCACUUCGACCCUUAGUAAAUGUGCCCCUAACUGUUGUGCUUUUACAAACUAUUUAUUCAGUUUAUGCUUUUUUUUUUUUUUUAAUAUUAGGACUGAUUUUUUUUCUUUUUUUGCUUGGAGCAUUUCUGAAUUUGUCAACCAAUUUCUUGGUACUUAAAAUUAAUUUAAAAUCUAAUGGCAGUCAAGGGAAUAAUCCCCUGGGAACAAGCAGAAACCAAAGAACUACUGUAGGUUUUGACACAAUGCAUUUAGCCACCCAACUGGGAAGUACAGUAUUCAUUAGGAAAAAUUAGCCUAGAGCUUUACAAGCUGUCCUUCUGUUCAUUAGAACAGACUGUUGUCAUCGAAGAUGAGAUGUCACAGUGACCAUUGCACGUUACGCGUUGACUUUUUUCCUUUUUUGCAAAUAAGUUGUGCUUUAUGACCAUUUUUUUUAGAAGACCCAGAAUUCAGCCAAGGACCUAUUGAUUAAUUGAAAAGUUAAAAGCCAUCUUUUCAUGCCAACACUUUAUUGAUCACAAUCAGAAUAUGCUUACUAGUCUAUACACUACGGAGGAAUUCCUUAUUUCAUGCAAAUCUUGGUGCAUUUUUGUUUUGUACAACAUUGCUUAUUGUAUGUGCCACACAUUACUAGUAUGUUUCACAUUUAGGUGGGAACCUACGUAGUAUUUUUUUUUUUUUAUGAAGAAUUCAGCUGUAGAUACAGAAUUCUAAUUUAUUACUGGCUAUUUUUAAAUAAAGGCUAAACACUUGCUUUGUUUAUCCACGUGUAAGGAAAAUAAACUAUUUAAUUGUCAAUAAUGCCUUUGCUACCAAUGAAAUUGUAGUUGUUUUUAUUGAUUUAUGUAUUGUUGGUGCUAAACUAGCAUUUUAUGCUUCAGUUUGGAACCUGCACUGUAUCACUGGAGCAUUAUGGCAGCAUGGCACAGCUUUGUUGAUAAAGAGGGCUCUCUUAUCUUAAACCGCAUAAAAAAUUUCUAUUAACUUAUACCACUUACAUUAUUUUGUUUUAUGGUUUUUAUUUACAGAGCCUAAUAAACAUAUUCACUCUCCUUACGUUAGAGGGCUGAUUU